GCGAAGACCAAUUCUAUCGAAAAGAUUCGCUCGAAGAAUUUGUAAGGUUGUAAGAGAAGUCUUCCCAACAUGUAGGACGAAACGAAAUAUUUACGGCGCCUCACGCUACUCUAGAGCCAUUCUAGAAGCUCUUUGACUACACGUCUGAGCCGUCUACUCACUAUUUCAUUGAAAAUCCUUCAUUUUGGCGUUAGAAGUGUGGAUAUAGAGACCUGUGGAUGUUAGAACAGGGCUUGAAACUGGUCCCGACCAAUCUCUUAUAUUGGAGCGAAUGUGAUCCGAGUCACCGAAUUAUUUUUCGGCUGGAACAUUCAUCAUGACACAAAGCGAAGCAAGUGCUAACUAUAUGGGCAGUUCUUUCCCAUAUUCUGGAUCAAAUGCGGGGCUUUCAUUACAGAGAGAAGAGGAACGAGAGAAAGCACGCAGAAGGAGAGCUCAACAGUUACCAAGAGCAGAGGCUGAUUCUCAGCCUUUGCCCCUCUUUCCACAACCCAGAAAGGUACAGACCAUCAGUGAUGAUCCACUACAGAACUCAGUACAGGCCGCUCUUGGAGACUUUGACAUAAUAUCAAAGUCGAUGCAUCAAAAGCAAUACUUAUUGCUGGGAAUCGGCCAGGUCCCCCAGACCCCAGUUGAAGGAAAGAAAGGCUUUAAUUUUGAGGGAAAGAAAAUGGACAAGAAGGAAUGCACUAAUAAUUUGUUCUCCAAACUCAAUGCUGCUGUUAAAACUGACAAAUCAGCUAGCAAAAUUCAAACAACUACAAACAAUGAAAAACCAAAAGCAGAGCACAAAAAUUCUUUAAUAUCAAAUCAAAAAAAAUCUCCUUUGAAUCAAACCAUUGACCAUUUAAAAAAGUCACCUAAGAAAUCUUCACAUGAGGCAAAGUCUCCAACCAAAUCAACUUCUUCACAUGAUACCAAAUCUAAAUCUCCAUGCAAAGCUACCAAAGAAUCCAGUUCAAAGGUCAUGUCCUCCAAGGAGAUUAACAAAGAGUCUAGUGGUACUAAAGACUUGGACGUUAAAAGGGAUGCUAUUGUCCCUAGUUCCUCAACCAUAGUUAAUAGCUCGGCCAUCAAGGACUCCUCAUCUGCAUCUAAAGAGAAUACUUCAAGUGAAGCAAACACAUCUAAAAGCCUUUCUAGCAAGCAAGAGGAGAAAGAGACAUCCUCCAAGCCCAAACCACCUAAACUCUACAUUGUAAAAGGGGGUUCAAUGGCUAUAGGAUCUGAGGAUAAAGCUUUGAGUGGUGAAAGUAGCAGUGUGGAGAAAAUACUUGAGGAGAUGACUCAGCCGAUUCCUGGACCACCAUUGACUGGUAUCCAGACGCCACUUAAAGUUAAUUCCAGAUUUGCUUUCCCUCAUCUCACAGUUAAGCAGAAACAUAGUCCAAGUAUCCACCUAACAAAUGCCACCAAAAAUGAAUCCAACGGUCUACUCGAUCAUGACUUGAUGCUGUCUGAUAGCGAUGAUAGCGACGAUGAACAGGGUCACCAUAAAGUCCCCAAACCACAUCGCAAGACACUCUCUUCCUCAAGUGGUAGCAGCUCUGAGGGUAGUGAUUCAGACAGCAGCGACAGUGACAGCGACUCUAGCGAUGACGAGAACCACUCCCUUGUGAAUAGCCCAACAAAGACACUUGCCGAUACAGCCAAGAUGAGUAAUGAAGAACGCGCAUGGGGCCUGGGUGAUCUACAGAAAGCAUUUACAGCUCCAGAACCGACCACCAAACCACCAACAACCUCAACUAGCGACCCAACACUCUCAUCCCUUUCCCUCAAUACAGUGGGCGGGGAGGGACUGCGUGGGAACCAGGCAGCCCCGCCACCUAACUCCAAAAGCACCCUCAAUACUAAUGUUGAGGGUGGACCAUUAGACCCCAUCUUUGACCUGGAUGAUGGCCAUACCCUCUUUUCUGGUAUCGACCUGCCAGACUUCCUGGCAAAUGGGCUGGGUGACUUGUCACAUGAGGUACCCAAUAGUUUAUUGGAGGAUGUGGUGAAAUCACGAACUAUGGAUAAUGUAAAUACUUCUGAAAAUAAGGACAAGGCAAAAGUGGAUAAUAACAAUCAGCAAUCUGGCGAUAAACCCUCUAAAGGGAAGGAUAAGAAAGACAGUUACUCUUUGAAGAAAAGUGGUGACUCCUCAAGAAAGAAUGGUGAGAUUGAGAAGAAUUUGAAAGAGAAGAAGGCUAAGGAACAGGAGGAUAAGGCAUCAAAGGCAGCUGUCAAAAAGCAGAAAGCAGCUGAAAGUGCAAGCAUAAAGCAUGCCGAGAAACAGGGUCUCAAUUCUGAGAAAAUAGUUGCUAAAAAGAAAGUGGAAAGUCGUGAAAGCUUGGACAAGAAGCGGAGCAAAGUAAAAUCUAGUAAAACUAGUGGGAAGCCUGUUCAUAGUGACACUGAGAGCGAGGAAGUUGAUGUUGUCACAGUAAGCUAUGAUCGGCCUCUUCUCAACCGAACCAACUCUUCCUCAUCAGAACAUGAGGUCUAUGUACCUAAUAACCCCCACAAAAAUAACAACAGAAUCAAGAAGAACCAGACGAAGACCGUGAAUGGCUUGAAGGAGCAUGUGAAUGGCAAGUUAUCACCAAUAGUAUCGCCCAAGGAUGAGAUUUCCACUGGGGAGGUGACCAAGGAUGAAAAUGGUAAACCAGAUUCACUGGUUGUCAAGAUUGAUUUGGCACUGCUGAAGAGGAUACCACGGAUUCCAGGCACCGACUCUGUCGUGAUCAAGCUUAAGAAUGCCGGCUCCCCUGCCCCCGGUAACGAUAGCUGGGACUACCCCAGUCCACAGAGAGGCAAAGUCUCUAAGCGUCAUCUCUCCAUUGAGUUGAGUGAUACUAAGAAGAUAAAGCAAGGGCAAGAAACCAAAGAGGACCUCAAAGACCCUAAGAAAAAGUCAUCUGACAGAAAAGAUACACUCUCCAGGCAUCAUACAGAGGAGAGGAGAGGGAGUGUAGGAAGCAAGGCAGACAUAGAGGAUAACCGCCGCAAGCGAAGCUCAAGUCGAGAAAGUGAUCGCUACUCCAGCAAAAGAAGGCGACAUGACAAUGAGCAGGAAGAAAGAAGCAAGAGCAAAGAAAAGCUAGUAAAUGGACUGGACCGGGUUGACGGUUUUGACAAUGCCCAGGAGACCAAAUAUAACCCUAGCAAUAGUGUUGGUAGCAAGCAUGACCUAAGCAAUGGAGUUGAUCUUAAAUCUGACAUCAGGAACGGAGGUGAUCAAAAACAUGAUCUUACCAAUGGUUUGGAUCACAAGUCGGAGCUCAGCAACGGACUUGACCACAAGCAUGGCAGUCAACACAACAAAUUCCAGUGUUCAUGCAGUGAAAAGCCAGCAGCAAAGAUGGAGUCUUGGAUUGAAAAGUUGUACCAAGCCGAACCUAAACUGACUCAUAACCCCGAUUACUAUCUCAAGGAAGCCAAACGAAUCAAGCACCUUGCUGAUGGCAUUAAGGAUACAACUGUUCGGGCACACAAGUACUUGGAAGCUGUUGUGUUCUUUGUGCGAUGUGGAAAGGCUUUGGAGCAAACAAGCGAGUCUGAGUGUAAGUCAUAUCAGAUGUACAAGGAGACCAUUGAGAUGCUCAAGUAUGCGAUGCGCUUGUCCAUGAAUAAAUCAGAGAAAAACACUGGUGACAAGAGAUUUCUGGCAAUAUGCAUGCGACUUCAAGCCCUUCUCUACAUGCGGCUCUUUAGACUCUGCAAGGACGGAAUGCUCAAAACUUCCAAGAUUCUUAUGGAAAACUACAAGGCUGUACCUAAAUCAGCUCAAGCACCCUCCCCGUACAGCAGUUCCACAACAAAGAUGACUGGCACACCGUCACCAAUGUCCCCAACCCCCUCCCCCUCGGGCAGCAUUGGCAGUGUUGGUUCAGUAGGAAGCACGGGUAGCAAUGAUGCAAUCACUACUCCGUCUCGCACCAGUAAGCAUGCGUCUGGUGCCAUGGCCUCUCCAGUCAACACCACGAUACCGCAGAAGAUUCACACGAUGACCGUCCAGCAUUUGAACUACACUAACCACAUGCUGUAUGCGUACGACUUGUGGGAACAGUCACAGAAUAUAUUCAUUGACUAUAAAGAUUUUUUCUUGGAAUUGGACCGGACUCUUGGCCCUGUAACAUUGCACAGCUCUCUGCUACACGUUGUGGAAUACAUUGACCAAGCAUCCAAACGACUGUAGGACUCACAAAUAUAACAGAAUACCAGAUAGAAUGGAACGGAAUCCGGACACCCUUGGAAGAACGAAUUGAAAGUAAUGCUAAUUGACUAAAUGAAUUCAAGGUACAAGCAAUACGUGUAAUGUAUUUUAUACCAUGCACUCGCGGUGCGGCCACCACUAGGCUGACUUUUCCAACAAAUGGAAUAUAUGAUAGGUAAAUAGUAGGAAAUCCUGUAAUUUGUUAUUAUAUUUUGUAGAGUAUAAUAUUUUUUCAUGCUGUGGUGCGACAGAAAUCCACGGUUCUGUGAUUAAAUUCAUGGGAACCAAAUUAAAUGAGCUGCGCCUGCUUACAAUGCUUUUAUGGGGGAGAGGGAGGGGGGAAUUGACCCUACAUUAACAAACCCUCUGGCAUUGAAUGUAAAAUUAUUACCAAUAGCCUCCUUUUGGAGCCUCAAAUAAUGUUGAUCAUCCCUCCAAAAAUAACACUUCCGAUUUCUGUGCUCAAAUGGAAGCACUUGCAGCCUGGAUGAGGCCAAGCUCAUUUAGCCAAGAGAGGUUUAGCCAACUCAACUUCUUAGAGGUUUAGCCAACUCAACUUCUAAGAGGUUUAGCCAACUCAACUUCUUAGAGGUUAAGCCAACUCAACUUCUUAUGACCCUCAAACUUUGGGCUGCAAUGCACUGUCAUUUCACCACUGUGCCCUAAAAUCCAAAUUCUGACUUUUGAACUCAGGUGAUGAUACAGAGUUUGCCUUAAUUCGAACAUGGUGUCCGAGUUGAUUUCUUUCUCCUGUGUUUUCAGUCUUUGAUGCCCAGUCGAGCUUUUUCCCAAUGUGGCUUAGCCCACUCCCCAACUUCUCACCCCGAUUAGCCAUAAGGCAGCGCGUAGCCCAAGUUACAUGCUAUUGACAAACGUACUACAUAGAAGCGCGGAAACUAAUAGAUAGAAGCACAUGUGUCGUGUCUGCAACCCAGUGGUCUAGCUCUAUGGACAUGAAACGACUCUCCAUCCCCAUAGUGUUGCUAAGGGCGAGUCGAGGGGGAGGGGGAGACGAGUUGUCACUUGAGGUAAUGGGUGGUAUUUAGGUAGUUAUUUAAAGGUCUUAUGUUAUUCAUUAUUGUUUAGGGGUGUUCAAAGGGAGACACAUUCUAUUAUUAUUAUAUUUUUUUGUAAAUACAAAACAAAUAAAAAAUGUAUAUUAAAAAAAAACUAGGGAAGUUUUAAUUUUAGAAAUAAUGACAAACUAUUUUUUUUUCAAUUCUUUUCUCAUUUCCAAACAAUUAUUUUUAUGCGAUUUACCCAGAUCUUUACAUUUUUCCUGUGGAAAACAUUGUAUGUAUAUUUAUGAGGUUUUGACUCCUGCUGGCACCUCAACACCAACCGUCCCAUGAACUGGACUCAUUAUUUUUCUAAUCGAAAGAACUGUUGAGGUGGCGGGUUAUUGUACUGGGACUAUAUUUUUGUAUUCAUUUAAAUAAAUCGGGAUGAGUGACAAUUCUAUAACCCCUCCCCUCCCCCCAUGACUACUUGCACCAUUCUACAUGCUGGAUAAACUAGUCCCCGCCCAAUCAAAUUUAGACCAAUCCGAGGGAGCGUACAGAGUUGGGGGAAUUGCUAUGUGAUCAGUUAGAAAUGUUCUCUAGGGCUAGUCUAGUACUACUGCGGCUCACACGACUUCAUGCGUUUACUAUAGAAUCUGUAAGUGUCUUAAAUGAUGAGUAAAAUAUCGAAUGGCAUUGGAA